UUUUCCUCACUCAGGGUUUGGUUGUGUUGUCGUGUGAAGACCUGAUCAUAAUGCGCUCACUGGCUUGUACUACCGCACUUCUGAUACUGGGGCUUGUGGCAGAGUCACAAAAUUCGUGUGAGAUCGGCUGCCUUUCGGUGUAUAAACCUGUGUGUGGAACGGACGGAAAUAUCUAUGGCAACUCUUGUGAGCUUAAGCGCAGGGCCUGCAGUAACCCAGGGCUGAACCUGGAAAUUGCUCCUGAUUCCAAUUGUCCCGACUUUCCCUCUCAGGAUGACUGGGCACGGUUGUGAAUAUCAGCGGAAGCCUCAUGAGUGCCGCCGUCUAUGAUGCUCAGUUGACUACUAGGAACCUAAUAAUUCUUAAGUAAAAUUGUUCUAAUAAAGCUUGUAGACAUA